CCUAUUCAUGAUAUUCACUUCAGUUUGUGCUGUAACUUCAGGCGAAAACCACAACAAACGCUCCAAUCGCAAGCGCAGAAAAGCUCGCAGUGUAGCGAUCGCUCGAAUAUUGGAAAUACCACAAAUAGCCGUACAUGAAAUAAGCAUUGUAUUUCCUCAAGUUUACGAGUCAACAAUUGCGUGCAAUCGUAGUUAAGAGUCGGUUGUUAUUUACUUCCAUUAGUCAGUCACUCUGUCAGUCGGUUAGUGGGUGAGUCGUAACAGUGACGCGGAAAGCCUACUAUAACAGCACCGCCAGCGGCAAAGACAGGCACGAACGCUCCUCCAAGGAACUGCAUGAAACAUUUAUUUUUACACAAUGGAACUUCUUACUACAGUGGAACAAUGUGAAAAAUCUGAAGUAGCGCAGUGGUAUGCCGGCAAAAGUAUACUUAUUACCGGCGCGACAGGUUUUAUGGGUAAGGUGUUGGUGGAGAAAUUGUUGCGCAGCUGUCCAGAUGUGAAAAAGAUUUAUCUGCUGAUAAGAUCCAAGAAAGGUGUCGACCCAUUGAUACGCAAGGACCAGUUUUUUAAAUGUGUCAUUUUCAACAAGAUUUUAAAAGAAAAUGCUGAUAUUGUGAAUAAAAUUCAAGUCAUCAAAGGCGAUGUGCUGGAACAAAAUCUUGGUUUGAACACGAACGACACAAACGUAUUGGUAUCGAAUGUUGAAGUGAUAUUUCAUUGUGCUGCUAACGUUAGAUUUGAUCAACCCCUCAGACCUAUGGUUCAAAUGAAUGUUGUGGGCACAUUGAAAUUGCUGCAAUUGGCUGAAAAAAUGGCCAGCCUCCAAGUUAUCAUACACGUAUCGACGUCAUACUGUCAAUGCAACGAAAGUGUCUUGGAAGAACGCGCUUAUCCAGCACCCCAGAAUCCCUACGAUGUCAUAAAAAUUGUCGAAGAAAUGAGCGAUGAUGCGUUGCAGGAAAUAACACCACGACUGUUGAAUGGACUUCCCAACACAUAUGCCUAUAGCAAAGCGCUUACUGAAGAUCUCAUUUGUAGAUAUGAGAAAAAAUUGCCUAUCAUUAUUACACGACCAUCAAUUGUUACUGCAGCAAUUAAGGAACCACUGCCUGGUUGGAUAGAAGGUGUUAAUGGACCUACCGGUCUUAUGAUUGGUGCAGCACGUGGCGUAAUUCGUUCAAUGCAUUGCAACCCUGACUAUUCAUCAACAGUGAUACCAGUAGAUACAGCCAUUAAUGGAAUGAUAGUUGCGGGAUACAAUCGUAGCAUGUCAAAAGAAGGAGGAAAUGUAGAAUUUUGUAAUCUUUGCAUAUCAAAGAAAGCCCUAUUUUCUUGGGGUGAAAGUAUUGAAACUGGCAAGCGAUUUUUCUAUGACUAUCCGCUAAGCUAUGCAUUGUGGUAUCCAGAUGGCUCAAUCAAAAAGAAUUAUUAUCAUCAUUUAUUUUGUGUGAUUUUCUUUCACUACCUUCCGGCAUACCUCAUAGAUUUCUUAUUAUUACUUUUUGGGCGAAAACGAUUUAUGGUGCAUGUGCAAAAUAAAAUUUCAACUGGCCUGAAAUUAUUACAAUACUACACGACUAAAGACUGGGACUUUAGAAAUGAGAAAUUCCAAUGUUUAAGCGAUAAUCUGAAUCAAUUAGAUCGGGAAAUUUUCGACACAUCCACUAGUCAAGUUAACUGGGAGCAAUACAUACGUGGCUAUAUAAUUGGCAUGCGUAAAUAUAUACUUGGGGAGAAUGAAGAGACAAUUCCACAAGCAAAAAAGUUUCUGCGCCGCUUGUAUAUUCUAGAUCGUUUAACAAAGUAUAUCAUUUGUAUAUUAAUUUUUUGGUUUUUGUGGGCUCAUCUAGAAAGCUUUGUUGAACAAAGCGAUGCUAUCAUACGUUCAUCUUUACAUAUAAUUUAUAAAGAUACUAACAAAACUCUCCAUUUAUAGUACAAUUCUUGAUUUUUAUAAAUAUAGCAUGUUAAUGUUUGGUACGGUUUAAGUAUAAUAUUAUUUUUAAUACUCUUAAAUCUCUGUCAGUUAAAAAAAAACAGACUUUUUAUUAACAUA